UCAUUAAAAACACAGAAGCUUAAUCUCUAAUGAUAAGUAGCAGCUAGUGAUGUUAAAAUGGAAAAAUCAAUGUACCAUUUUAUUAAGAUCAAGGAUUAAUUUGACGGUUUAAAUGUGGGUUCGUGAAUGAAUGGGACCGUAUAAUUUGGGCAUUUGAAAUGAAAUGGUGUUGCUCUUAAAUUACAAGCUUCAAAUUAUCAGUCUAACUAAUUGAGAUGGCGACGAGGAGAGGAGCAAAACGCAGUGUUAUUGAAAUUUCCUCUUCUUCCGAAGAAGGAGAUGAAGAAGAAUCAGAACCAUUAUCAGAAUCGGAUGACGAUGAUUUUGACUCCUCCGCCUCAAGCGAGAGCGAUGGCGAUUACGAAGAAUAUGAUGAUGAAGAUGAUAUCGAAGAGGAAAUUAAGGAGUCGGGGUGCGACAGAGUCCUUCGCCUUCUCCAAGGGGGUAGAGAAUUGAAGAAGCUAAAGGGAGAAUUGAGGAAGCUAACGUUGACGGACUAUAAAGCAUAUUUGCGGUCAAAUGGGUUGAGGUUAUCUGGUACAAAGGAAGAAUGUGUAGAGAGGAUCAUAGAGCACUGGAGGAUGAAAGAUGGAAAUGGUCAAAGACUAUAUCCCAAAUCAUCAUUUACCAUUAACUGCACCGGUGACGUAUGUAAAGGAGAUGUUGUAUUAUUCACACAGAAAGUGUACAAGAAUUUUGACAAGAUGACAAGGGGUGGAGAACUAUUAGGGAAGAGAACCAUUGCUGGGAGGAUUGUUAAGGAGAGUUAUGGUGUUGCCAAACAGCAGCAUACCUUUACGGUUGAGGUGUUAUGGAGUCGAGGGGUUAAACAAUUAUCUGCACUUUUUCCAUUGCUUGUAAAGGGACGAAACCUUUAUAAGUUGAAGACUUUCAGACAGAGAUGGAAGAAUGAAAAGGAAAGAUUAGAAGUGCUUGCAGAGAAGCACAAACGUGGAGAAGCAGCAAGAUUUAUUAGAGCAACAAGAAAAUCAAAAUCGAUAAAGCCGACAAAAGCAUCCUCUAAAAAUAAAGGUAACAAGCGUCAGAAACUUGAUCAUCAUAGGAGGCCAAGCAAGACGAUACAGACAAGAAAAGUAAAGAAACAUAAUUGUUCUAUUGAUGAACGCGGGAAAGCAAAGGUAGGAAGCAAAAGAACAAAACACCACCAUGAAAAGCCUCGUUCACCUGGGAGAUUGAAUUUGGCAGAGUCCAGAAAUAGUAGAGCCCCUAUGAGGCAUCCAAACUUUGUGCCUGCCAUUGGGGAGACCUCAUUACAGUUCAAUUAUUUUUCAGCGAAUAAUUUCCGCCAUUUUGAAUCAGAUUAUUAUGGCCAAGGAGUACCAUAUUCUUAUUCAUCUAACUGGCAUUCAGCACCAAGAUCACAUUUAAGCUCUUAUUCCUCUUAUGCUCUGCCUGCUCCAGAACAUCAACAAUAUGAUCAUGGAAGCUAUCCUAAUUUUUCAUAUCCUAGGUAUGUAUCUCAGUCUAGUAAUCAUCCACGUUUUCCUGGAAUGGUGGGAACUCACAGAUCAUCUGGUUCAUUCCCAUUUGUAAACUAUGAACGUAGAUAAAACUCUUAGCCUUUUGUCUCUCUUGCUCUGGCCCGUGCUGUGCACAUAGGAGCAGCAAGGGGUUUAUGUAAACCCGGUUUACAUAAACAAAAUGGUGCAAGGGGUCUUAAACUGACUUUUGGAGCAUUGCCUUGUUGCAAGUGUCAAAUUUCAAAUAUUUGUACAGCAAGUUGCAAAAGUGUUUUGUCUUUAAUUAGCAGUAUUAAAGCUGUGCUCUCUUUUUUAGUU